AUGGAGGAAACUGAACUCUGCUUUCCUCAUCUUAACACCUCCUGCAGGAAGCUGAAGCGUCCUCACUCAGACACCGUGCUCAUUUACAUCAUACUGUCCUGCAUCUCUCUGCUGACUGCAACCCUCAACCUGCUGGUCAUCAUCUCCAUCUCACACUUCAGGAAGCUCCACACUCCCAGCAACAUCCUCCUCCUCUCUCUGGCGGUCUCUGAUUUCUUCGUGGGUCUCCUCAUGUUCUCUCAGAUUAUGCUCAUCGAGGGCUGCUGGUAUCUCAGUGACCUCAUGUGUGUCCUCUAUUACGUUUCGAACGUCAUCGCUUCCUCUGCCGCGAUAGGAACCAUGGUGCUCAUAUCAAUUGACCGCUAUGUGGCUGUUUGCUACCCUCUACAUUACUCCACCAAAAUCACUCCCAAAAGGACGAGAAUCUGUGUGUCUCUGUGUUGGAUCUGUUCUCUCCUAUUCGUCGGUAUGCUGCUGAGAGACAACCUCAAAGAACCAGGGAGGUUUAAUUCCUGCACUGGAGAGUGUGUGGUUGCUGCUAACUUUAUCGAACAGGUUGCAGAUCUCAUUUUGACCUUCAUCAUUCCAAUUACUGUCAUUGUAAUUCUGUAUGUGAGAGUGUUUGUGGUUGCCGUGUCUCAUGCUCGUACCAUGCGCUCUCAUAUAACAGCUUUCAAUCCGCAGGGCUCAUUGAAUGCAACUGUUAAGAAAUCUGAGAUGAAAGCAGCCAGAACUCUUGGUGUUGUUGUAGUUGCAUUUCUGUUCUGCUUGUGCCCAUAUUUCUGUGUUACACUUACAGCAAAUGACACUGUGUUCAACACUUCAUCUGCUGCCAUUGUAAUAUGUCUGUUCUACUUCAACUCCUGCCUAAACCCCAUCAUCUAUGCAUUUUUCUAUCCCUGGUGUAGAAAAUCUUUUAAACUUAUUCUUACACUCAAGAUACUGAAGCCUGGUUCCUGUGAUACCAACAUACUUUAA